AUGGGACGGCAGAAACAGCUAAGUUUUAUUACAUCUGGUGAUGCUGAUGGAAAAGUUUUUAUAUGGGAUUGGCGCAACCAUAAGACAGUCGCUCAGUGGAAAGCUCAUGAUGAUUGUGUAAUUUAUACCUUAUGGCAUCCUCAUGAAGCUUCUCGGAUGAUUACUGGAAGUUGGGAUACUUUGAUUAAAAUGUGGUCUUGA